GAUUCGGAGGCCGCAUCGUUUUUCGCAAAUAUCAUCUAAACAAACGGUUGGAAGAAUAAGAAAAUGGUAAAUGUGUCAAAGGGAUUUUCCCGAGUGGUCCUCGGGAUAUCUGGUGGCGUGGACAGUGCAGUAGCAGCACUUUUCCUCAAAAAGAAAGGAUGAGGGAGCAGGCAGACUGGUCUACCCAAGUGACUCAGAUCUAGGUGAAAAAUGCAUCUUUGCAUAUCACGUGACUGCCCCCCCUCCCCCCCCUCCCCCAUAUUACUGGCUGGCAUCACACACCAUACUUCCGGUUGACUGGCUGAGAACAACAAGUGCAGUGCACCAUGGAUGAUUUUUUCAUGCAUUACAGAAACCUCAGCAAAUUUAAGCCACUUCUCAGCCAGGGAUAUGAAGUCACAGGAGUCUUCAUGCGUAAUUGGGAUGAAAAAGAUGAGAAAGGCCAUUGUACUGGUGAUGCAGAUGCUGAGGAUGCUGAGUGGGUCUGCCGAAAGCUUGACAUACCUUUCCACGAAGUGAAUUUUGUAAAGGAGUACUGGAAUGAUGUAUUCAUGUACUUGUUAGAAGAAUAUAAGGCAGGUUUUACUCCAAAUCCAGACAUCAUGUGUAAUAAAAGAGUAAAAUUUUCAACUUUCCUCAAAUAUGCCCAAGAAAACCAUAAUGCUGAAGUUAUUGCAACUGGUCACUAUGCCCGAAGUUCUUUUGGAGAAGAUUUGGAAAACUAUGAUGUCAGGAAAGGGGCAAGACUGCUACAAAGUUUUGAUCGUAUAAAAGAUCAGACAUUCUUUCUCAGCCAGAUACCUCAGCAGUCUCUACAGCAUACAAUAUUCCCAAUAGGGGAGUGUAGUAAAUAUUUGGUACGAAAGAUAGCAGAUACUGCAAGUCUUUCUCGGGUGGCAGAGAAGCGGGAUUCUACAGGCAUCUGCUUCAUUGGCACAAGAAAAUUUCAGGAGUUCAUCACAGAAUACAUUGAAAAUAAGCCUGGCAACUUCAUUGACCUAGAAACUCAGCAAGUGGUGGGAACUCACCAGGGGAUUCACCAGUGGACUGUGGGUCAGAGAUGUAAACUCUCACCCUUCCCUUUGCCCUAUUAUGUUUGUGAAAAACAUGUAGAAAGUAACAACAUAUUUGUGGUUUCUGGGACUGAUCACCCUGCCCUCUUCACCUCAAUUUUCUUCACUGAACCUGUAUUUUGGAUUCACAGUCCUCCACCACAACUGUAUUCCCAAGGGCAGCUGGAGUGUCAUUUUCGGUUCCAGAACACUGCUCCAUUGACGCCGUGUGUCAUCACUAGUGAUGGUAGCAAUCCUUGGCACCUGUCUCCCACUCAGAAUAACAUGGUGGUUAGCCUGGCUAAGCCACUUCGUGCCAUAACUCCUGGUCAGUUUGCAGUCUUCUACCUCGGAGAAGAAUGUUUGGGGUCAGCCCGAAUCCUUCGCCCUGGACCUUCAUCAUAUACACUAAAUGUAAAUAAUUGUAGAGAUAUAAUUCAGGGAAAGAAAUUAAUGGACCCGAAGUAAAUUCUCCUGAAGAUGCUAAUGGAAAGAAAGACCCAACAUUUAUUUAAAAUCUCUUGAAAACAUGUACAUACAUACUUUAAAUUUAUAUCAGCAGCAUUACAUUGUAUUAUGUAGACUAAUUUUAAUCCAUUCAUUCGUGAUUCACAUUUUGUGUGUGAUUGGUGCUGUGAAGUGUGAAGAUUAAAAAAAAUAAAAUUCUUCCAAGUAGU